GUGAAGGUGUCUGCAAAACAUUGAUUUGUAGACUGGAGUGAAGAAAUAUCAGUAAAUAAACAAAUGUCACGUGAAUACAGCAAUGAAGGGAUAAUAGUGCUUACAGUGUCAAUGAAUAAAAUUAUUUUAAUGUGUCAUUAAAUUACAUUUUACUAACGUUUGAUCAAGCCGAUCAGAUAAUAAACAGUGAGUUUGUGUUGAUCAGAUCAAAGCUGAUAAACUAACGCCAUGUCCAAACUCGAGCACCUGAACGCCAAGGUCGCCAAACUACUGACGGUCGCAGUUCACGAAGUUCUUGAGAUUGUGAAAGAGACCGUCACACAAUAUCAGGAGAAAACCGCGAGAACUCAGCGAGAAAAUGAGCGACUGCGCGUGAAACUACGAGAAGCGUUGGAGAAGUUGGCAAAAGAGAGAGACGUUUCCAGACAUGCUGCUGUGUCCAGAUCAUUUAACUGCGUUUCUCAGCAUCAGAUGAACAAGCUCUCACACUUGAGCUCAAACUCAACUCAGACUGAAACACAGAGCGACUGCAGUCACAUGACUGAUCCAGAGACAGUGUGUGACCUCAGUGUCGCUCUGACGUUAGCCGGAUGUCAGAAGACGGUUUCUGAGAGCAGACCAGUUUCAAACGACAGCACACCUGCAAAAGUUAAAUGCAACAAAGGCACUGGUUCACUCAGCACUCUGAAAUGGACACGACACGUUUCACAUGGAUCAAACACAUCAUGUGCAGUCAGCAAGCCAGACGUUACCAUUAAGCACAUUAAGAAAGAAUGUGAUGCUACUGAGAACAUUUCUACACAAACGCAGCUUCCUCAAAGCAGCUAUGACUUUGCGGAAGACCCGAGUGUCUCCAUGGCUAAACAGGAGCCUGUUGCUUCAGGUCCAAAAUCAACCAAUGAAUCAAGUGACUAUGGACUGGUGUUCAUCCACUCAGGUCACAAUAUGCACGGAAGGCAGGAAGAUGGGAGGGGUGUCCGCUCGACUCCUCAAUGUGAAGAGCAUCAUGUUUGUUUGGUUUGUGGCAAGACAUUCAGCCGCGUGGGGAACCUGCAGAUACAUCAGAGGUGCCACACCGGAGAGAAACCAUACCGCUGCCUGACAUGUGGCCACUGCUUUAGUCAAGCUGGAGACCUGAAGAAACACAAGCGCAUUCACACGGGGGAGAAACCGUAUUGCUGCCUGACAUGUGGCCGCUGCUUUAGUCAAGCUGGAGACCUGAAGAAACACAAGCGCGUUCACACGGGGGAGAAACCAUACUGCUGUACUCAGUGUGGGAAAAGCUUUAGCAGAGGAGAGAACCUCAAACGCCAUCAGAAGAUUCACAUCGGAGAAAUAUAACAUCUCCAGCAAACGGAGAAAUCCGCAGAAAAACUAGUGUUGACAGCAAUAUAAAUGAAAGACCCCAUGAAAUGAAAAUCAGAGUUUUGUGUAUGCUAGUGUGCUCCUGAACACAUUUAGCAGAUAAACACAUUUAUUCAAAUGUGGAUUAUUUAAUAUAAUGUAUACACAUUUUUGUCAAAUAAAAUGAUCUUGUAGAUUGACCUUCAGCCUCUGGCUUGCAAAGUAGCAAAUCGUGAUCUUGCUGAGAUGCGACGUAAAACUAAAAAUAUUAGCUAAUUACAAAAAAGGGACAAGCCCUGUGAUAUUUAUCACCCUAACUUCCUGUUUCAUUAGGAAAUAUGACAAUAUUGGAAAGAAAUUUAUGUUUGUCAGAUCUUUGUAUGGGGUCUUUAAAUAAAGGCAUUGGAUAAAUAUGAAUAAAGCAGUACUGUAUCAUUAAAAUAGACUGUGACUGCAGGAUUUUUUAAUGAAGUGCUUAUCAUCAUUCAUUUCUUCUUCUUCUUCUUCUUCUUCUUCUUCUUAUUAUUAAUUCCAUAGCAAUAAGGUCAAUUGAAUGUGAUUGCUAAUUUUACUUUGACUAAUAAUGCAGAAGUUAAAAGUUUUAUGUUCUGCUGGAUGUUAUUUCAGUAAUGCAUUUUAUGGUUUAUACCAGUAGCUUAUAUAGUAGAUUUUUAUAUAUGAAAUAUAGAAAAGUACUAAUAUAGAAUAGUUUUGUGUGACCCAGGAGAGGGCAUAUGAGGUUACUAGAAGCCUGGGCUUUGUGUGACCCAGGAGAGGGUAUAUGAGGUUACUAGAAAUGCUUAUGUUUUAAGAAACACUCAGCUGUAGCAGAAAUGUUGCAAGAAAUACUCUUGUGUCCUCAGCUGUAAGCAAAGAAAAAUGGUACUGAGUCAUGAGAAAGCUCUGGGAAAGUACAGCAGAGUUAAAAGACUGACACAACCAAUAAUCAAAGUAACUAGAUAUGCUCAGAUUGUGAUGUAUUAUUCAUUAAGAAUGUAUACUUUUAUGAUAAAUGAAUUUAAAAUGUUAUUUUGUUUUGGACUAAAAGCCAGGUUUCCACCAUUAAAAAGAGGUCAGAGGCUCUGUGAAAUAAUGGUGGGAAACAGAAUCCAUUGGAUACUAAAAAUAUUAAGAGAGUGAAGACAUGAGGUAAUACUAGAUAAAAUACUGUAUAAAGACUAAGGGUUUUGACCAAG